AUACCCAUUUAACUCUCUCUGCUUUUUUUCAGCCAAGUCCUCAACUUUCUCUCUCUAAAAGACUCUUAUCUCUAUCUCUCUCUGUCUAACACACAGGCCAACAACACAUACAAAGAAAGAAGAAACAUGGAAAAUCCACGCACCCUCACCUCCCUAUCAAAAAACAAAGGAAGAGUCCACACCACCCAACUCUCUCUCUCUUCUCUCUCUCUUCAAUGGCCCAGCUGGACCAAAAUUUAUGUAGAAGAAAAACAAAAAAGAAAGAAAGAAAGAAUGGGAAAGAAAAGAAAGAGAAGAUAGAUUUAGAUGUCUUCAAAUGUCCUCCAACCAAACCCACCUCACAUACUCACUCUCUUUCAUUUAAAAAAAAAAAAAAAAAACCAUGUUGCCAACAAUACCCUUCUGCAACCCCCCAAAAAAUCCCCAUCUUCAUCACUGUCUCUCAAAAGAACAUUAUUUUUCACCGAGUUAUGUGGGCUUUUUUGGGUUUCUUUGUCUAGGUCAGAGUUUUCACAGAGAAAACAGGGAAAGCAAGAACCUUCUCACCACUUCCCUUCUAUCUAUAUCUUUCUCUUUCAUAUUUGUCUUUCUUGCUUCUUUCUCUCUUAUCUUUCUUCCUCUCCUUCUCUCUUUCUUUCUCUCUUUCAAAGUUUCAUUCUUUAUCACCUAUCUCUCUCUCUCUCUCUCUCUUCCUCUUUCUUUUUUUUCAUUACCCAUCAUCUCUCUGUGUUUCUCUCUCCCUCUCUGUUUUCUCUCUCUUUAGUUUUUGGUUCUUGGCUUUUCGGUUGAUCUGAUGAAGAAGAUGAAGAUGAAGAUGAAAGGGGUUGUUGCUAAAGAGUCUUCUCCAUAUGUUGUGGGUGAGGACCCAAGAACCAGGUUGAGGCAUCAGAGUCUCUUACUGGACUUUGAAGAGCUACAGAAGGAAACGGAAGCCAUGAAGAAUAAACUGCAGAUGAUGAAACAGAAAAAAUUGACUCUCUCAACGGAAGUCCGAUUUUUGAGGAAACGAUACAAAUACUUGAUUACAAACCAGUCUCCAAAACCACAGCCAAAGCAAGAUUUUGUGCAACCACAGAAGUUUGAUACACGAAAUAAUGGUGCUACAAAGGGAAAGAAAUACAGUAAAAAAGAAGUGGCAUUGCGCCACCCAGUUCUAGUUUCUGAUUUAAACCGAAAGGAAAGGAUUUACAAUGGAGGAGAAGCCACCUUGAGGAAACCUGCUUCAAUUUUUGACUUAAACCAGAAGGUUAGGGCUUUCAAUGGAAAGGAAGCCGCUUUACCAACUUCUGCACCAAAAUUUGACCUGAACCAGAAGGAAAGGAUCUAUAGUGGAAAAGAUGCCGCUAAGCGGAACAGUACUCCAGUUUUCGACUUGAACCAGAUUUCGACAGAGGAAGAGGAAAUACAGGCUGAUUGUGAGCCAUUGAGAACAGAGGAGUCAAAGAAAAGUUUACUUAGAGGUGGAAGUGAUGAGCAACUCAAUGAUAUGAAGAUAUCAAUUUGUAGGAAUGUCGGAAGUGGGUCAAAUCGAGCAGGAAAACGGAAGAUUUCAUGGCAAGAUCAGGUGGCUUUAAGAGUUUGAGAUGUUUCUUCAAUUGCAAUUGAAGAUCCUAUACUUUCUUGGGGGUAAAAAAAAAAUGUUGCCAUAUCUUGUUGUGUACUUAAAAUCUUCAUUUUUCUUUUGUAGUUUUGUUGGGGUUCUUCCCUCCAGUGUAAAGUCGAAAUAGUUUUAUAUAUAUUGAACAUAUAGAUGAAACAAUGGAAUUGAUGCUCAGGAAUCGAAUAGGUGUUGACAUA